AAAAAAAAAAAAAAAAAAAAAAAGGCCAGCAGAGAGAAAAAGCGACGCCUAUCAUUUUUUUUUAAAUAAGUAAAUAUGCUCUUUUCCUUUCUUUUUAAUCUCUCGUUUAACUAAAACUCAAACGCUAAAUCAAAAGAAUGAUUUUGUUAGCAAAAGCUGCUCUUAUGUUUACUUGAUUACUACGCUCGUCUUUUUAUUUUUAUUUUUUUUUUUUUUUUUGAAAAGAGAGGAAAGCAUUAAUCAAGAACUUAACGCUUACGCCAUGGAUGAAGAUCUAGAAUGAUAACAUUGAUUUAGAAACCCUCGCUACAGAUAUGGAUAAUGAGGAUUUAACACCUGAAGAUUUUAUCUCGGAACGAAAGGAAGUAUUACCUAUCAUAAGACCCAAUUUAAAGUUGGAUAUGCCUUCCACAACACGAAGUAUCGAUAAACCUACUAAGAAACUCCGAACAUAUAACGAAGCAAUCACCCACGCAUGCCAGCAAAAAGGUACAGAAAAUAGCAACAACAAAACAAUGUUCAUUGUAGAUACUUUGUCACUAAAACCUUUUACAAUAUUGGACAAUCAUGGAAAUGAGGAAAAUGCACUCGCUCAUGAUACUAUUGUAAAUAAUCUUGUAGCAAAAUAUGAUUCUAUCAAAUCUAUUCCAAUCAUGAAAAGACCAUAUGAAGAUGACAGUGCUACUAAUUCAUUAUGUAUAAACUGUGCAUCACAAGUUCAUGCUGAACUCAGCAGCUUGUUUGAUACCUCGCCUUAUUCCUCAUUAUUGAAACAAUGGGAGUAUACUCCUUUAACAGGUGACUUAUGCACAUUACUGAACAAAGACUGGCAAUUUUACCCUCAAGUCAAAUAUUUUCUGCAACUGUUUUCGCUGGCAAUCAUGAUAAAUACGGUUGAAAUGUAUGGCAGGACGAAAACCGCUGACUAUCAUCGUGAAUCAUUUGGAAAGUUAAAAAACAGCGUCAUAACAAACUCGUUGCCCCCACCAAUAAAAGUAUUCCACCAAAAUGUAUGGCCUACUUCAUUAGAUGUACGGGAUGGAAAGAAGCUUGUAAUUGGAACUCAAGUUUCAAACGCAUUAGUAACUUCCAGUAUUCGUUUAGAUGAAAAAGGUUUUGUAUCGAUUGGUGCCACUUCAUCUCAUUUCAUGCUCGAUACAAUCAAGGACUCCUUGGCAUCUAAGAUUUUUAUUGAUAUUAACUCAUUAAAAUCUGCAAAGACAUUGAUUGAAGAUCCAUCAACUACACACGUUUCGGAUAUUGGUAUUAUAUUUCACCAAUUGCGGCAAGUACGAACAAAGUUUCAUCUACCGUCGACAUACUCUUUAUGCCGUGCUUCUGGUCCAAUCACCAUAAAUCAUACUUGCCAUCCAUUCUCACUCUUCACUUUAAGUGAAUUUGACCGUGGUCGCAGUCCAUCUGCAUCUAUAUUUCGUACAAUUGCUAAUGAGGUUUUAUUAAAUAAUAGCGACGCCAAACUCGCCAAAGAAAAUGUUAGUAGAUGGAUCAAUGAAUCAAAAGGCAAAAGAAAAGCAAUCCUCUCCAACAUCCUUGCUUUGUAUGAAAAUGAUAAGGACAGGCUUCCAAUUUUAUAUAAUGCUCCACUCAACAAAGAACUAGAAGCACUUGCUAUCUUAUUAAUACCCACCAUUGUAGAGGCAAACAAAUCCGUUGAAGCCCAAGUGAAACAGGUCUUUGAAGUCUUCGGUUGCUUGUAACUUGUUUAAAUUUGUUUAUUUUUUUUCCUAUUUUUUUUCUUUCUUUUCAAUAAAGUAGUUUAUUUAAAAUGCGA